AUGUCUCAAGAUAGCGGCAUGUGGGCUGUUCAUGCUAUUCUUAAUACGGACCCUACCCAGCCGCGCAAUUUCUCCCUUGACAUUCUGAAGAAAAGGCCCCAUAUCCUCGAUCUUUUACUUGACUGCGCUAUUCUCGACAGACCGUCAGAAUACCCGGAGAUUCAGGUUCCCUCGACAGCCUGUGAGAUAUUAGGCCUAAUAUUCAACUGGCCAGACUACGUCAUACCGGGGAUCUCUCCUCAGUCUGAGAUUCCGACGAUGUGCAAGUCAUCAGAGGCUCGUGAUUUGAAGGCGAUUAUGCACGCAACGACUACCUUGACAGCGUGUCGUGAUUGGAGCGAGAAGCUUAUUGAGGUGUGGAUGCACAUUGAAGAAGAAGAUAUGGGUAAAAUCUACCGAAAUUACAACGACACAAUCAUUGCCGCUGACCUGAAUACAAUCAGCACACCAGGAGAAAUAAACUUCACACAACUUUUCGAGUUCCGUGUCAACUGUCGUGUUGCAACAUUGCGCUUAAUCACAACUCUGACACACCAAGCUCAAUCAUGCAGCAUCACGAACGCCCAGAUUGAGUCGUUCCUUCAUAUAGCUUAUCACAGCUGCCAAAAACCUUGCAAGCUCCCCGAUCAGGUCGGUGGUGGGGACGAGAUGCUGUACGGCCGUGGCGUGCUUCGGUAUCCUACAGUUUCUAACUCGCCCACCACUGGCACCAAGACGGGUAUUCCAUUCAUCAUCUGUAGCCAAGCUAUUCUCGGCCCUAUUGCACUCAUUCGCCUCCUCGUUAUUCUCGCACAAAGGAAAGCAAUCGCCGGCAUACAGGCACUCAGAAAGGCGCCAGCCGGGCUUUCUUCAUCGACGUCGCUCGAGCAUAUUAAACAGAUAACUCAUCCAGAAAUAAUCCGACGAGUCAUCACCAUUGCACAGGAACGCAUCCUCGGCACCAUACAAGGAGGCCGGGACCAUCUCAAGCAAGGGAAGGAGGGGAAGGAAGGGGGCGACAUCAAUCUGACGUGCUCAUUCUUUACGAGCGCCGCUGAGCUUGCCCUGGCUCUGAUCGCGCUGGACACGCACACGGACGGCGCUUACACAGCGGAGAUUCGUGGGGCGCGGAAGCAGCUCGUUAUCGCGCUCGGAAAUGCGGCGCAGAUGGCGCUGAAACUCGGGCAGCACCAGCGUGCGCUGCACUUUGCGUCUGGCGCUGUCAGUGCAGCAGCGAACAUAGCCGAGGAUGAAGGUCUGGAUCCAAGCAUCACUGAAAAAAACAAGCGACGAGUGGAUCAAGCGCUCGCCGGGCUUCAACGUCAACCGUAG